AUGAUACACACUGAACACGUCCAAAUGCUACUGCAAGCUGGUCCGGCAACUCAAUCCGCAUGGAAGACUUUGGACAAAUGGCUCCCCCCUUUGUCGGGAGACAAAGAAUGGUGGUGGAAGACUCUCGGCCUACAACUCCACACCCUCCUCGCAGAAGCGGACUACGACUUGAAUGAGCAGUACAAAGCUCUACUGCUGUUAUACCGGUGGGUCGUUCCAGAAAUGGGGCCUAGACCACGGUCUAGCAUGGCACCCUGGAACAGCUUCAUGACCGAUGACCACUCUCCCAUUGAGUACAGUUGGAAAUGGAAUUCUGGAAACAAGAAGCCUGACAUCAGAUACGCCAUUGAGCUUGUCAGUCCCUUAGCUGGAACCAAGCAAGAUCCAUUCAAUCAAAUCCCGACUCGGAAUUUAGUUUACAACCUCGCCAGAAACAUUCCUGAACUUGAUCUAACCUGGUUUGAACAUUUCUCGCACGAGCUGCUGGGUCCUGAGUAUCUCACAACAUCCACUUCUGGAAUUUCGACAAAGGGCUCAACAAUAUUUGCAGCCUUGGAAUUGCUGCACGGUCGCUUGUCGGUCAAAGUAUACUUUAUACCAGUUGAGACACAAGAUGCUAGCGCUUGGCACCAGAUAAAACAUGCGAUUGAAACCUCAGGAUGUCAAAAUAUCGAGGCUUUGCAUCACGUGGACGCAUAUCUCUCCAGCGACGAUGAUGGAAGACAGCUCCGCCCGUUCAUGCUGGCAAUAGACCUUGUCGAACCCGGUGCUUCACGGCUCAAGAUAUACGCAAGGUCCGACCAAACCUCUUUCCGCUUUGCCCGAGAUGUUAUGACAGUUGGGGGACUUCGCAUAGGCAUGGAUAAGUCUCUAGAGAAGUUUUUCGAUUUGUGGAAACGUGCACUCGGCCUCAACCAUGACGCGUUACCUGGAGAUGAGCUACCUAAGGUGGAUCAUCUGACAUCCGGGGCAGUAUUUAACUUUGACGUUGCACCAAAAUCUUCGAUUCCAGACGUCAAGGCAUAUAUACCAGUUCGACACUACGCUGAUAACGACCUUCAAGCUGCAGUGGGACUUAUAGGGUAUCUUGAAGAGCAUGGGAAUGGGUAUGGGGUUUACUCGCAAUCAUAUCUUCGUGCAUUGGAUAUGUUGGCACCGCCAGGUCAGCUCGACCAAGCCACUGGGGUCCAGACCUACUUCGCUGUCGCAUGUCAAGGCGAUGAUCUGGCCUUCACGUCAUACUUGAAUCCUCAAUUGUAUGCAGCGUUUCGAGAAUCCGAAUGUUCAUAG